CUGAAAUUAAAAAGAAUAUUACUGAAGAAGAAAAACAACUUAAAAAACUCAAAAGACAUGCAUCUAGUCAACAAAAAUCUCAAAUAAAAAAAUCAAAAGCACUUAAUGAUAAUUAUAACAAUGAGGUCAAACCCUUAUGGAUUAUUAUUGUAGAUGGUGAACCUGACAAGAAACCUCAUUAUUUAAAAAAUGUUAAUCAAUAUUGUAAGUUAUUUCGAUUCUUAGAUUUAGAUUACCUCAUAGUUAGAACAUAUGCACUAGAACAAUCAGUAUACAACUUUGUCAAAAAGAGUAUAAUUACACUUUCAG